UUAUACUAUUGCACGUAUUUUCAACGGUCGCCGUUUUCAACAAGUUGGAUUCCUCUCAAAGUUCAGAACGAGCGAUCGUGUCGUUUCCGAUGGGAGCAUCUAAUGGGUUUCUCAUAGCAAUAGCCAUCCCGUUGGAUAUCCCCGGACGGAAUAUCUAUUUGUCGCACAACUUUGAAAUGAACUACGGGCUGCCAACGAAUGCUUCUCAGUACCGACUGUGGUAUACUCUGUUCAAAAAGUCCAAGUACAACAUUCCGGAAGCGAUUGCCAGAAAGCGACGGAUGGCGGAUGCAACGAAGUUAAGCCGGAAGUUUGUUUAUGAACUCAUAGCUGAACGUAUGAAUAUGUACGGGUACAAUGGUACGGCUUGUGUUCAUAAGGCCAUUUGUGAAACAAUGGAAUUACCUUUUCAUACCAACAAUGGCGUAUAUGGAGACGUAACCCAUAUUGUGUUCAGAUUAUCCAACAUGUUCCGAACUUUGUUCGUUAUACUGUUUUUGUUGUAUGGAACAGCAUCAGCUCACGGUGAUGAUCGAAUCUCCAACUCGUCUGAAGGAAAAAUUUUACAUCGAGAAAAACGGAUCGUCUUUACGUUUAACAGUGCCACUGGCAUUUUAGUUGCCCUGUCAAUUCCGUUGAUCAUACCGGGAAGAAAUAUUUUUAUGUCGUACAACUUUGAAAUGAACUAUAACAUGCCAACGGAUUCGACGGAUUACACGCAGGGUGUAUUGAAACGAAUCGAAACUCCUGAGAUCAACACACGUGAUCUGAAAGAAAAUGAACAUGUGCAGCAAGUACGGAGAAGUGCCACGUUCACUCGGAAAAAGGCCUAUCGAUCGCUCGAACUUCGACUGAAUAAGAUGGGUUUCAAUGGAAAACGGUGUGUCCUAAGAGCGAUUUGUGAGGCGUCCGAUGUGCCAAUGUAUGAACAUAACGGAAUCUUAGGAGAUCUUAUUCAAAUAUUACUGACCCCUUCUCAUUCAGCGGAUGAAAAUUUGCCGCCGGAGUUCCAUCGAGCAGAAGAAUUGGGACAUCGACAUGACUGUAGCAAAUAUCGUAGGCAUUGUUCCAAAAGUAUAUUAGAUUUGAUAAGCGUUCUGGUGUGAGUUUCAGCUCUGUAAUUAAUUGGGAUUCAUUGAACUAGUUAGUAAAAUUGUACAGUAAAAGCAUUCGUUUUCAAAGUGUCAUUUAUUCGUACCGUCAUAA